AUGGACGACACAUAUUUAGACGUCACGGCUGGAUACAUCGACGAUUGUAAAAUAACUCAAAUUGAUUAUCAUUCUUUUUUACCUUAUUCGACGUCCGCUCUUUCUAAUAAUGAUGAGGUGCGUAUUGCUUUAUAUAACACAGAGUCUUAUACACUACCGUGCGAGAGUUAUAUUUACAUCGAGGGGACAAUAACUAAACCUGCAGAAAUAACUGACGAGAUUAGAUUUAUAAACAAUGUGCUGUCAUUUUUUUUCUCCGAAAUGAAAUAUGAAAUAAACGGAAAUCAAAUCCAGAAACUUGUCAAUCCGGGUAUAACGACAACAUUAAAAGGAUAUUGUUCAUACAAUAAAACAAAUAUUUCUUCACACCAAAACGCUGCGUGGGAUAGUGAUUUUAAAAAUGUUAAUAAAGAUUUCAUUGAUGGCGGUAAUUUUAAUGGAUGUAUAAAUCUUAAACAUUUGUUUGGUUUUUGUGAAGAUUAUAAACGUAUUUUAAUAAACUGUAACCAGCAACUCAUAUUGAAUAGAGCAUCAAUCGAUUUAAAUGCUAUUAAGCAAUAUAAAAAUAAUGAGUUAGUUGACGGUGCUAAACUAAAAGACGUUAAAAUAAACAUAACAAAAAUAUUGUGGCGGAUGCCUAUCGUGAAAGUGAGUGAUAGAGAAAAAAUUCGACUGUUGAAAGUAGUCAACAAUCAGAAACCCCUAACAUGUGCGUUUCGUUCAUGGGAACUUUGUGAACAUCCAUUUUUACCUCAAAACACUUCACAUUCGUGGAAAGUAAAGACAUCCAACAAAUUAGAAAAGCCUAGAUAUGUCAUAAUCGGUUUUCAAACUGACAGGAAAAAUAACUCAAGUAAAUCAAUGUCAUAUUUUGAUCAUUGUAAAAUUAAAAACUUGAAAGUCUAUUUAAACUCCGAAGUAUUUCCUUAUGAAGAUUUUCAAAGUGACUUUAACAAGAAUAAGAUGGCUACGUUAUACCGUGCGUAUGCAGAGUUUCUAAAAUCUUACUAUGGUCACGACGAUGUAACACCUCUAUUGAACCGAUCAGAAUUCAAAAAUCUAUCUCCAAUUAUAGUUGUCGAUAUGAGCCGACAGAACGACAACGUGAAAAUGGCGACAGUAGACCUCAGAAUUGAACUAGAAGCUGAUGAAGCGUUUCCAGUUUUCACUUCAGCAUAUUGUUUAAUAUUACAUGACCAAAUUAUAACUUAUAAUCCGUUUAACGGAGAAGUAAGAACAUUGUAA